UCCGACAGUGGAGUUCAGCAAUGCGCGUGCUGUAAAUGGCGCAUUUGUAGUGCGUACUGUAAAGACUGCGAGCUGACAUUCACCCCAAUAAAUGAGCAACUCCAGCCGAAGACAACUGAAAUCAAGAUGUUUAUUAAAGAGGAGAGUGAAGAAACGAGUUGCCCAGAUGAAUGCACAACGAAGCAUGUAGAUACUGAUGAACAAAGAGACCUAUGUAUCUGAAUGCUCUCAGAUCUUCUCUGAUCAUACAAGAGGUAAAGCCAUGAUGAUCCUGAACGCUUUGUCGGUCACUGCACUCCUGCUCUCCCUGACCGGUUUAACGGCGUAUAAUUUGAGUCAGGAGAAGUCCAAGUCGGUGAAACUGGGUGACAAGGUGUCGAUACUCUGCACUGCAGAAGAUGAUAAGUAUUACAUUUCAUGGUACCAACAAAAAGCCGGUGCUCCUCCUCAGUUUCUGUUUUUUAACAACACAAGAGCGAGCGAUUUACCCGACAGGUUCACUUUCGCUGACUCGGGCAAUCAGGAUUAUCUGACCAUCGAUGGAGUGAGAGCUGAAGAUGAAGCAGUUUAUUACUGUGCUUGUAUUGGCUGUGCAGGAGCCACAGUGCUCCAUUUUGUCCCUGUAGUGAUAUCUGAUCGUCCGUCGUCUCCUCCGUCUCUGCUCCUGCUGGCUCCUCCUGCUUCUCCGCUCUCUGAGGGUGAUGUCAGUGUGGUGUGUGUGGCUCAGGGCUUUUACCCUGACGGUGUCACCAUGUCCUGGUCUGAGGACAGCAGCGGCGUGACGGGGGACGAGGUGCAGACGGCUCCAUAUCAGCGUCAGGCCGACGGCACCUUCUCCCAGACCAGCGUUCUGAAGCUCGGUAAGCAGCGCUGGAGCUCCGGGAGAACCUACACGUGCCGUCUGAGUCACCCGGCGCUUUCCACACCGCUGAGCCAGAGCACCAGCCUGAACCAGUGCAUGUAGAGAGAUUCUCUAACCAUCAACAAACAUGCAUUAAAGAAUUCCACUUGUUCUUUACUUGCUUGCUUUAGAAAGUAUACGAUAAUAAAGUUAUAUUGUUCAUUGUAAUUGUUAA